AUGACGUCAUCAUGGCGACCGCUAACGAUAUGGAAAAAGAUAAAGUCAAACCGAAAGGUCCACGUGGCAAAUUCAAGUCUCGUUUGUUGAAAGUGAUGAGUACAUAUGGCCGAGAACUGUGUUUUAUAUUGGCUGUAUUGUUUACGGCUCUUGCAGCUCUACACAAUGGCCCACCAAAGACUAGGAAAGCUAGUCCUCCACAGAAGUUUUUCUCCUCGUCUUCCCUAGUGAGUGAUUAUUAUUUAGGCUCUAUGCAACAACUUAGUGGAUUACUUAUGGAGAAAGAAGUUUCAUUUGUAAUGUAUUAUGCUCCCUGGGAUUCCACUUGUAUUGAAACGCAGGAAGAAUUUGAAGCUGUAGCUAGGUUUUUUCUCACACAGGUGUUUUUUGCUGCUGUGAAUUGCUGGUGGCCAGAUGGCGAAUGUCGACAAAAGUUACAGCCAGAUUCUUAUCCUGUCCUCAUUGUUCACGUGCGAUGGGCAACAGACAUAUACUACAAGGGUCCUCUUGUCAGGCACUAUAUGAUUUCCUUUCUGGAUAAUGUUUUGAAUCCAAUAAAAACCUGUCACCAUGAAAAAGAAAUACUGGAAUUACAAGUGCAACAUGAGGCAGUUCUUGUAAGUUUUUUUGACUUCCAAGCUUCACCAGAGCCACGAGGCUACAAACAGUUUUAUAUGGCAUCGCUGACUGCUCUCAGCAUUGAUCCUACCAGGAGGCUUGGGUUUGGCAUCAUAACUACUAAAAAAAUGGCACUGAAGCUAAAAAUGACAUCUUCCUCUACAGUUGUUCUGUAUCUGUGGAAUGGUACAGAGGUGUACCCUGACAAGAGAAUGGACACCAAAAACAUCCUGAACUGGGCUUACAACAGGCUUCAACAGGUUCACCUGAUAAAGUGGAUUUGUCCAUUACAAUCGAAGAGCAGAAUGCUUUCAGGAUUGAUUGAAAACUAUCCAACUCUUGUUUUAUUUACUCCUCGUAACCUGAUCCGAGGAGUCUCUCCAUAUUAUGAUUUGCUACGAGAAGUUGUUUUGGACUAUUACAACUGUAACUCCUCGACCUACAUUACAUCUGUGGUGCAGAAGCUAUCCCAGCGAAGAGAACAGGCAGAGAUAGACCUUCAAUUACUACGUGAAGAUUGCUCUCUUGUUUUGGAGGAACCACAUCUUAAUAAGAAUGCGAAAGCUGAUCGAGAAGUAUCAAGUUCCAACACUUCAGAAGUUAGAGAUGACAGAGUGAUUCAAAUGGUUUCUACUGUGCAGAAACAAAAGUGCCAGUGCCUGAAGGUUGCCCUCAGUUACAGUGACAUUGAUUUUCCAAAUACACAGUUUAGUGGUGAUCUGUAUGAAAAUUUCACAGGAUUUGUUUGUCAAACCAACAUUACUUUAAAAGUGAUUGCGUUGGAUGCUGUUCAGUUUCACACAUUUCCAGAACACUUAGGAAUUAAUAUAAUGGAAGAAAAACAUCAAACAGCCGUUUUAAUUCUUGACAUGAAAAAAGAGACACAUUACCUACUGAAGGAAGAAAUAGACAAAAAAUCACUGAUGGAUUUCAUUGCAAAUUACACCCGAGGAUUGUUGGAUCGUUACUUAAGAAGCACGAUUAAGGAAACACGAGAAUGUGUAAUGACACGUGACAGUGAAAAUGUCUGUGUCCAUGAGGUGACCACGGAUACUUUCAACAGAGUAGUAAUGAAUCCCAACAAGGAUGUUUUACUCCUCUAUUAUGCCCCCUGGUGUGGAUUUUGUAAAGGUACUUCCCAUAUUUACCUAACUGUGGCAAAGUAUUUCUCUGGAAUCUCAGGAAUUUUAUUUGCAAGAAUUAACGGAGAUGAAAAUGAUCUUCCUUGGGAAUAUACGGUAGAAAAGUACCCUACCUUGAUAUUCUUUCCAGCUCGUAGGAAAGCCGAAAGCAUGAAGUUCCCACAAUCGUUGCAUUUGACAACUACUAAUCUCCUUCAGUUUAUUCUAACUAAUGCUCAGUUCACUGUGAGAUGGCAGGCUGCAGCCGUGAUGUGUAACAAAAAAUGUGUUACUCAGAACUUUCUACAUUCUCUUGCAGAAAUUAAACAUCAUUAUAUCCAACAAAGACUUAUUCUUAAACAGAUUAAUUUGGUUCAACACAAAUUAUAUGAAAUGAAGCUGAGAACAGAUGGAAAGAAAAGGAAACAUUCCUUAGAGACAAUACAGCAAUUCCAGAUAUUAGAAGACUAUUUGAAGUACCUUGUUUUAAACUUAAGAAACAAAAGAAAAGCAAUCAUUAACACAAUAAAUCUUCAAGAUUUACUUCGAAAAAGGUUGGGUUCAACUUUAAUUGAGGAUACAUAUAAAGACCUUAAUAAGAAAACAUACUUAUUUUUAAAAAUACGCUUUACAAGAAAACAACGGAAGAAGAAAAGAAGAAGAAGAAGACGGUAAAAUCUUCAAAAAGUUUGAAACAGCAUUUAAAAACAGAAAAAUAUCAAGAGUGAGGGAGGAGCUUUAGCUAAGUAUGAUAGUUAAUAGUUUUUAAUUUAGCUGUUGCAUUUUAUGGAAACUGGAAAUCCCUUGUGUUAACAGCUAUGUUAGUAUUACUGAAAAGUGUUCUGUUAUCACUGUAUUGACACGAAUAGAUGGAUUUCUUAAUUGAUUCUCAUCUUACUGUUUGCUGUCCACAAUGAUAAAACAAAGAGAAAAAGUGUACUUGUAAUGAAAUCAAAACAAAAGGUAGGGAAGCUAACUUUAAUAGUGUUAUGAUGAACUUAUUAAUGCAGUCUGAAAACAAACAAACAAACAUAUUUUUAAUUGUUGAUUAUGGAAAAAUCAUAAAGUUUGGUCAAAAUUCUGAUUUUUGAAUAUUACAAAUACUUUUAUUCUCAUUGGUAAAAACUAUUUUAGGUUUAUGAGUUCCCAUUUAAUAUUAUUGUGAAAUGAUAAAAACCCUAUGACCCAGUGCUUAUGAAAGGUCUUCCUUUGGAAAACGUUUGGGUUAUAGGGUUUUAUUAUUUUAUAUUAAAGCUUCUUGAACCUACGUAUUUUUCUGGAUGUUAUUAAUGUGAUUCGUGCACUCAUCUGUUGUAUAUAGUUAUUUUUAUCCUGCACAAAGAACAUUGAGAACUUUCAAUAGAUCAUGAACUGUAUCAGAAACAGAAAUAGUGAUAUAAAUUAAGAGAAGGAAGUAUUACAAAAAGCUAGAGGUUAUUAAAAAAGGCUAGAAGUUAUUGAAAAAAGGUUAGAAGUUAUUAAAAAAAGGUUAGAGGUUAUUAAAAAAGGUUAGAAGUUAUUGAAAAAAGGUUAGAAGUUAUUAAAAAAAGGUUAGAGGUUAUUGAAAAAAGGCUAGAAGUUAUUGAAAAAAGGUUAGAAGUUAUUGAAAAAUGGCUAGAGGUUAUUGAAAAAUGGCUGGAGGUUAUUGAAAAAUGGUUAGAGGUUAUUUAAAAAAGCUAGAGGUUAUCAUAAAAAAGGUUAGAGGUUAUUAAAAAAAGGCUAUAGGUUUUUAAAAAAUGACUAGAGAUUAUUUUCAUGUUAUUUUGUAGCUUACUAUACACACACA